UGGGAUUCCUGCUCAGGAGAAAUCCAUAUCUACUCUCAGAGUACGAACAAUCUUCAUGGAGUUCUUGUGACAUGAACAAGCUGGUAACACUCUUAUCCAGCCUCAUUUAUUCUCAUUUAGAGGGUCAAGGCUGUCCUCAGCAGGGAGGACCCCACUGGGCAAAUGGUAAAGUGGUUCCAGAAAACCACCGUCACUUCUGCCGUUACCUGCUCAGAGUUUUGCAGAAGCUAGAAUCUCACUUAGGCACAGUAGAUCUCACCCAGACUCACCAGCCCUUUGACUUCCUGGAUGCGGCCAGCCAAUUUCAGAAACUCCAGAAACUCUUGGAAACACACAUUCUUCCCCUGGAGCAAGAGCCAUCCAGGGAGGUGACCAGUUUCCCCAUCCUGAGCCCAGAAGAAAAGAAGAACCCCACCAUUAAUGGCCUACCCAGAUGCUUGACUCACAUCUGCUGGCUCCUCCUCGCAGUCACUAGCCUGGCUUCAGCCUUUUUUACAGCACUUUAUAGCUUGGAAUUGGACAAAGACCAAGCCACCAGCUGGGUUACUUCGAUUAUUUUAUCAGUACUUCAAAACGUCUUCAUCAGCCAGCCAGUGAAGGUGGUGUUCCUCACAGUCUUCCUCUCACUGGUGACGAGCAGGAUGCCAUGGCUUAACGGGGAGAAGGAACAACAGACGCGGAGGGCCUUGGCACUUUCGGCAAAGUGUUCUUCACCAGUACCUGGUUUGAAAGAUAGGAACAACCCCAUCUACCUAGCCCCAGCUGUGAGGAGUCCAACUAAGUGCCUAGAAAAAACCUUGAAAAAGAAGAAACUCUUCAAGAUGACUGGAGAUAUUCUGGUACAAAUCCUCUUCCUUAUCCUGUUGAUGACUACCGUCUACUCUGCAAAGAACUCCAAUAGAUUUUACCUCCAUCAGACUAUCAAGAAGAGCUUUUCCCACCAUUUUUCGGAAAUCAAACUGCUUGAGGACUUUUACCCCUGGGCCCACCGCACCCUCCUUCCUAACCUGUAUGGGGGUUACAGAGGAUUUAUUACUGACGGGAACUCCUUUCUUCUGGGCAAUGUUCUGCUUCGUCAGAUUCGCAUUCCCAGUGCCACACUCUUCCCAGCUAGAGUAUUUCCCCAAGAACAAGUGAGGCCAUCUCACCAACAUCAGGAGGAUACAGAGAACUAUGGGAUGAACUGGGGGCCCCCCAGCGCAAACGUCACAGAACCAGAUAGCAUUUGGCAUUACCAGAAGCAGGAGACCCUGGGUGGUUAUCCCAUCCAAGGGGAGUUUGCCACUUACUCAGGAGGAGGAUAUGUUGUGAAACUUGGAAGAAACUCCAGUACUGCAACCAGAGUUCUGCGGCAUCUUGAACAGAGGCACUGGCUGGACCAAUGCACAAAAUGCCUCUUCGUGGAAUUUGUGGUCUUCAACGCUAAUGUGAACCUGUUCUGUGUUGUGACCUUGAUUUUGGAGUCCAGCGAUGUGGGUGCUUUCUUCACAUCUGUAAGACUGGACAGUUUAACUUCCCUUCAGACAUCAAAGAAGGGCUUUGCCAGGUCUGUCGCCUCACAAGUCAUCUAUUAUCUACUAGUCUGUUACUAUGCCUUCAUACAGGUUCGGCGGCUGAAACGGCAGAGCUGGAGGUUCUUGAGUAGGAAGAGAAACAUUCUGGACACGAGCAUAAUCCUCAUUAGCUUCAUCAUCUUGGGGCUUGACACAAAGAGCAUUUCUCUCUAUAAGAAAAACAUGGCACAAUACCGCCAGGACCAGGACAGGUUCAUCAGCUUCUAUGAGGCCAUAAGAGCCAACUCUGCUGCCAUUCACCUGGCAGGCUUCCUACUUCUCCUGGCAACUAUUCAAUUGUGGAGUCUGCUGCAUCGUGACCCCAGGCUGCAGGUCAUCGGCAGGACACUGAGCAAAACCUGGGAUGAGGUGGUGGGCUUCCUGCUGAUCAUCUUGAUCCUGCUCACUGGCUAUGCCACUGCUUUUAACCUGCUGUUUGGAUGGAGCAUCUCCGACUACCAGACUUUUGUCAGUUCAGCUAUGACUGUUGUUGGUCUUAUGAUCGGAAUUGCUCACCACAAUGAGGUUAUGGCUUUAGACCCAGUCCUGGGCUCCUUUCUGAUCUUCACCAGUGCCAUCGUGAUAGUGCUUGUGAUAAUUAAUCUUUUUGUUUCUGUCAUUCUAAUGGCCUUUAGAAAAGAAAGAAAGUCCCCUAAGAAAGAAGCCACACUGGUAGAUACUCUGCUACAGAAGCUCUCAGAUUUGCUAGGAAUCCAGCGACACCAGGCCACCUCAUCUAAGCAAGCAGCCGCUUUCCAGCUCACUACCCAAGAGUCUUGAGUACUUCUAUUAAGGCAGCUGGAAGCCCACGAAG